GCGGCGGGGCUCGUGCCGCCUUGCAGACGCCGCCGCCCCGGAGUAGCCGUCGCCGUCCAGCCAUGGUCAACCCCACCGUGUUCUUUGACAUCGCCGUGGACGGCGAGCCUUUGGGCCGCGUCUCUUUCGAGCUGUUUGCAGACAAAGUUCCAAAGACAGCAGAGAACUUUCGUGCUCUGAGUACUGGAGAGAAGGGAUUCGGUUACAAAGGUUCCUGCUUUCACAGGAUUAUCCCGGGAUUUAUGUGCCAGGGUGGGGACUUCACGCGUCACAAUGGCACUGGAGGCAAGUCCAUCUACGGGGAGAAGUUUGAUGACGAGAACUUCAUCCUGAAGCACACAGGGCCUGGCAUCUUGUCCAUGGCCAACGCUGGACCCAACACAAACGGUUCCCAGUUUUUCAUCUGCACCGCCAAGACUGAGUGGUUGGACGGCAAGCAUGUGGUCUUUGGCAAGGUCAAGGAGGGCAUGAACAUCGUGGAAGCCAUGGAGCGCUUCGGGUCCAGGAAUGGCAAGACCAGCAAGAAGAUCACCAUCGCCGACUGUGGACAGAUCUGAUGAAUCUUAACUCCUGUUUUAUCUGAACUUCCAGACCGUUCCUUUAGCUCAGGAGAGCGCCCCUCCACCCCCACCUGCUUGAAAUAGCCCAGUCUCCGCACUCUCACUGCAGUUCUGCGGGCUCCGUGGUUCCUUUCCCCAGGUAUAGCUGGAUUGCAGAGUUCAGUUUAUGAUGAUGAAAUAAAAUCUAAACCACA